ACACCUUCUCUGGCGCAGUGUUUGCCUCAGCCCAUGCAGGAGAAAAUGCCAAGCACACCAUCCGACAUUUUCUCCUUGCUUUUGCUACCCUGGGAGUCCCAGAACAAAUUAAAACAGACAAUGGACCUGCUUACACCUCUCACAAAUUAAGAGACUUUUUCAAUGAGUGGGGGGUGAAACACACCACGGGCAUUCCUCAUUCCCCUACAGGGCAAUCAAUAGUAGAGAGAACCCACCAAAACCUAAAAAGAGUCCUUGAUCACCAGCGGGGAGGAACAGAGAUCAUUCCUCCCAUUGAGAGGCUCUGUAAGGCUCUAUAUGUCAUGAACUUUCUAAAUUGCUCGCCUACAGAGCCUGACCCCCCUGUAAUACGGCACUUCUCUAACUCAACUCAUGCCAAACUCACAGAGAAGCCGCCGGUGCUGAUCAAGGAUCCUGAAUCACAACGGACAUCAGGACCCUUCCCACUGAUUACCUGGGGGAGAGGGUAUGCGUGUGUGUCCACACCAUCAGGACCUAAGUGGCUCCCAGGGAAAAAUGUAAAACCUUACUUAGGCCCUACAAACCCUGCACCAGAUUCAGAACUUUCAAAGUCUCCUGAGACCCACACAGGUCCAGAAAAACAGCAGCCCACUGCAGCCUGGAAACGGAGACGUCGUCGGAGUCCACAGAACCGACCUGCCACCAGACCAACAACCAGACAGAGGCCAAACCAUCCUGCUACCAGGGCUGCAACGAGACAACUGCCAACGUCACGCCUGACACCGUGACAAAAAUGGAGAGCAAAACCACCCUUGAGUUCCUGAUGUCCCUGAUUAUCUGGAUGCUCCUGAAAACAUCAGCUGUGGAUGCCUGGCUAGUAGCACAGCCCCAGGAGAACGUGUGGAUCACCCUCGCAAAGACACUCCAACAAGACCACAUGUGCUUGUCCAUGGGCAGCGCCACCAACCCUCUGUCAUCCUGCCUGGUAGGGAUUCCUUUAAAGCCCCAUGAAUAUCCUUUCACAGGGAAAGAACCCAACCCAGUAGACACUUGGGAUGAGUGGACAAAGAUCUUGCCCCAUGCACCAGAGGAACCCCAGGAAUUAGAGCUUUUGGGAUCCUCCAAAGCUGCCUACUGCAUAAAUUUUAAUUAUCACCCAGUAGCCAAUGCAUGGCCUGCCUCGAAAUACCAAAAGGCAAUUAAAUCAAGGAAAAAUGUGACUCCCAACAGUAAAAUUUACAGUCAGUCCAAAUGGUGCAAUUACACCGGCAGCACACGAUCCACCUCCUCUCACUAUCCCAGAGUGCUGCCCCGGGGAGUGUUCUUGAUCUGUGGGGAUAGAGUGUGGGCAGGAAUCCCUUCCCGACUCCGGGGAGGUCCUUGCACGCUUGGACAGCUUACCAUCCUCACUCCAAAUUCAACUCUAAUAAAUGAUUGGCUGAAAAAGAAUGAAUUGGCCCACCAAAAGAAAGAUCUCACACAAUUAGAUGAAAAAUGUGAUAACCAAAUUAAAGAUCGGUCCUACACGAAGAAGAUAGUGAUGUCAGCAUUUUUGCCGUGGGCAGCUGCUGCUAAAGCCCUUGGUGAGCCUUCUCACCUGGAGUGUUGGCUUGGUAAGCAGGCCAACCGGACCUCCUCUGUCCUGAGUGACCUCCUGACAGAUGAAGAAACUGUUAGGCAUGCUACGCUACAAAACCGAGCUGCCAUAGACUUUCUGCUCCUGGCCCAUGGACACGGCUGUGAAGAAUCAGAUGGUUUAUGCUGCUUUAACCUCUCCAGCCCCAGUGAAGGCAUCCACGCCCGCAUCCAGAGACUCCAACAUGCAGUCCAAAAACUCCAGGCUGAAAAGGAGCCCCAGUGGCUUGAAGACCUUUUUGUGAGCUGGGGACUCGAGAGACGGGUUGCCUCCGUUCUCAAGAACAUUUGUUGGGUUUUCUUGAUUGUUAUUAUCUUCCUAAGUAUGUUUGCAUGUUUUAAGAAGCUAUCAGCUAACUCUCUAGGGGAUGCCUUUUUAAUAAAUAAAGAAGUGGGAGUUGUGGGUGCGGAGGAGCCCGCUGGGCCCGAGAUACUGGCCCUCCCCUGGAGAGGAGAUACUUCUCUGUAAGAGCGACACAAUGUUGCUCCCAGGGGUCUUUGAGUUAGUUAUGUUAAACUGUUGUGUUUCAUUGGUGUUCCCCCUGCUGUCCCACCCCGAUACAGGUAUCUCGGGCUUCCCCCCGCCCCUCUCCUUCCCCAUAAAUAUCCCGGGUUUUCCCCUGUUCGAGAG